AUGGCUUAUUUAGGGCCUUGUCGUAAUAAAUUUGUGGAUUACGAGUGGAUACUCUCGUCAGCAUCGGCUACUUCAUUGAGCGAAAAAAUGCCUUUGAUUCGCGACCGUUCUCAUUCAGCUAACGAAGAACGGGGUUCAUCUAUUUAUCUAGCUGAAGCAAUACCGCUAACAGCCAAAAGUGCCUUUGAUUCUGCCAAAGUGCGAAGAGUGGAGAAAUAUCUUACUUCUUCUGGUGAUAUUGAUGGCCUUUUAAAAAAAAUGUACAUCCCUACGUCUACCUCAAGUUGUUGUAUGACUAUUUCACCCCCUGGAAUUGGAAGCUUCAUGGAGCUGUCAAGUUCUUGGUGA